AUGAAAGAUGCACUUGAACCAUUUGUUCCUCGUAAUACAAUUGCUUUGAUUAAUACAUGUGAACAAGUAGCUAAUCUUCUUCGAUUGGAAAAAUACAUUGAUCUUGUUAUUCCACAUGCUUCAAAUGAACUUGUUCGUUCUAUACAAAAACAAAGUGUACAAAUACUUGUCUUAGGUCAUGCUGAAGGUAUUUGUCAUGUAUUUAUUGAUAAAGGUGCAAAUUUAGAUAUGACUUUACGUAUUGAUAAAGAUAUAAAGUUUAUAUGA